AUGGGUAUCAAAGACACAGUUUCGCCCAACACGACACUUUCAAAGCCUCACAUCUGCGUGAUCGGCUCUCUGAAUAUCGACUUCGUCACCUCCACGCCCCGUUGCCCAGGACCAGGCGAAACCCUUACCGCAACAUCCCUCUCUGUUACAGCUGGCGGCAAAGGCGGCAACCAAGCAGUCGCAUGCGGGCGUGCAUCGUUCGUGACACAAGAGACCCAGGAUGUAUCCGUCAGCAUGAUCGGAGCAGUCGGAGCCGAUGACGUUUACUACUCGACGCUUGUGCGGCCGGCAUUGGAAGCGUCGGGCAUAAGGACAGAAGGCAUUGAGAUGUCAAAGACAGCGCAAACGGGAUCAGCCAGCAUUAUCGUUGAAGAAAGUGUCGGAGGAGAAAAUCGCAUCCUAGUCGUGCCGGGUGCCAACCAUGCUGGGAUGAUGAGCGACAUUCCGCAGAUCAUCACAGCAGUCGAGCAUCAACAACCCAAGCCUGGUGUGGUGGUGAUGCAGGGUGAGAUCCCGAGGCAGACGGUACUGGGCCUCUUGGAAUAUUUCAAUCGCAGUUCCUCGAGCACGAAUGUUAUCUUCAACCCGGCACCUGUGUUCCCAGAGGGGAUCCCUCUCGAUUCGUUACAAGGGACGGCGGUGCUUGUGAUGAAUGAAACCGAGGCUGUGCAGAUGUCACGCACUAUCGCUGGUCUUCCUGUGGGUGAUGCGGAUCACAUCGCAGAACAAGCGAGCUUGAAUCCCGAAGAGCUGGCUCUGCCUUUCCAUGAGCUCGCUGGGGUUCAGAUUGUGUUAAUCACACUCGGGGCUAAGGGUGUGUAUUUCUCCACUUGCGCUGGGAAGCGCGGCGUCGUGAAGGGCGUAAAGGUUGCCAAGGUCGUAGAUACCACCGCAGCCGGAGAUACCUUCGUCGGAUACUUUUCAGCGGCGGUUGCACGUUUUCUAGUCAAGGGCCUGGACUUGACUGCUUUCGACGCCGAGAUUGAAACCGCCGUUGAAAAAGCAAAUGCUGCUGCUGCAAAGUGCGUGCAACGACGAGGUGCUAUGAUGAGUAUUCCUUUUGCGCAUGAAUUUUAG